AUGUCACCAAGAGUCAAAGCAUCCAUCGGGAGAGGCGAACGCUCAGACCGAGUCGCCACCGUGUCGGGGAAGGACGGCGGGAUGCGGCCCUUCUUUCCACUGCUGCUGCUCGGUCUGCUGCGACCCUGCGCAGGCGAAACUCCACUCAAACAGCGCUGUGAAUUCACAGAUGGCACCAUUUACAACUACCGUGCAAAGACCCUAAACCAGAGUCACACUGUGAACUUCAGUGACCUCAAGGGCAAGAGUGUCCUCUUCAUCAACGUGGCCACGUACUGAGGUUACACCUUCCAGUACCUGGAACUGAAUGCACUACACGAGCAGAUGAAUCCUCUCGGGCUAACUAUUCUGGGCUUUCCCUGCGACCAGUUUGGGAAACAGGAACCAGGGGCAAACCAUGAAAUUCUUCCCGGUCUAAAGCAUGUCCGACCGGGCAACGGAUUUGUUCCAAACUUCCUGCUGUUUGAGAAAGGAGAUGUGAACGGAAAAGACGAGCAGGAGGUUUUCACUUUCCUUAAGAGUUCCUGCCCUCCAGUCGGAGACCUCUUCGGCGACACCGCCAGUAUGUUCUGGGGGCCCAUUAAACUCAGCGACAUCAAGUGGAACUUUGAAAAGUUCCUAGUGGGUCCGGACGGGAAGCCGGUGAUGAGAUGGCACCCGAGCGUCAGCGUCGCCGAGGUCAAAGCGGACAUCCACAGUCAUCUGCUCCGGCUGUACACGCAGCAGAUUUUCAGCUAGCUCGGAUUCAUCGCACCGUAUUUUUCAGUAACGAGUCAGUAACGAGAUUCUAAUGUAAAACCGUUGGGAGUAAUGUUAACGGGCCGUGACACGCGAAGAUGGCAUGUUGAAUGAAGAAGAGGCUUGAAAACAGGAAGUCUGUGGU